AUGAGUGGUUCAAAACCCGAGUUUAGUCGUGGUCUUUCUUUAGAAGAUUUGGUCAAUCACGAUGACGGUCCCGACUCCAAAGCUGAGGCUAGACGGAGAAGCUCUCAGACUUUAAACCCUAUUCCAGCCGAAGAAAUUAGAAAGAGACUCAGUGUGGAUGGUUCUGGAAGUGAAAGUAAAUCAGGUACCAAGAACUCAAAACCCUCUGGCAAAUCAGAAACUGGGAAUGAUGAAGAGACCGACACGGAUGAUGAGGUAGGUGGUUCUGGCGAUAUCGUGUUUGAAACAGGGGACUUCAAGUUCGAUUAUGAGAAGCAGGAAAGCCAUGAAAUCUCCAACGACAACGCAAGUAAAGAAGGGAAAAGCUCAAAAACUGAGAAACCUGUUAGCACGGAAAAUCCUAAGAAACAAAAUGAAGCGGCUGAGGCUGGUGUAGAACCUUCAAACGGGUCCAAGAAACCCAAGCCAAGAAGAGAUUCUGAGAUGAAGGAUAUUUUCCAGGAAAAGUCGUCCCUCGAGUCCAAGAGAAAUGCUAUAAAAAAAGAUCUUAAGGUUCUGAACGAAAUUGCAGCGACUUCCAAGCCUAGCCGAUACAAUAUCGCACCUGUUUGGGCUCAGAAAUGGAAGCCCACAGUCAAAGCCCUCGAAAGCAUUGAUACGAAAGAUCUUCAUAUCGACGCUUCUUUCACCAAUAUCAUUCCCGAUGAUGACUUGACAAAGUCAGUGCAGGACUGGGUUUAUGCUACUCUGGUAUCAAUACCGCCUGAUCAACGACAGUUUGUCGAAAUGGAGAUGAAAUUUGGUAUUAUCGUGGACGGAAACGAUACCAACAGAGUAAGUCCGCCGGUUUCGUCUCAAACAGUAUAUACCGAAAUGGACGCGCAUUUAACUCCAGACGUUGACGAGAGGGUAUUCAUGGAGCUAAACAAAUACAUUAAAGGUAUCUCUGAGCUGAGUGAGUACACGGGUAAGUUUAAUACAAUUGAGUCUCACACCACCGACUCACUGUAUCGAGUGGGGGUUUCUACACAGAGACCGCGUUUUUUGCGAAUGAGUAGAGACGUGAAGACCGGGCGUGUGGGUCAGUUUAUUGAAAAGCGACACAUCAGUCAGCUUCUUCUGCUAUCGCCUAAGGAUAGCUACGACGUGAAGAUCUCCAUAAACCUGGAACUGCCAGUACCCGACAACGACCCACCUGAGAAGUACAAGGAUAACACUCCUGUAAAUAUCAGAACUAAACAGCGGGUGAGUUAUAUUCAUAAUGAUUCCUGUACCCGUAUGGAUAUAACGAAGGUGUCAUCUCAUAACCGAGGAGUGAAACAAAAACACACGGAAGAUACUCACGAAAUUGAACUGGAAGUCAACACAGCGGCGUUGCUGAGCGCUUUUGACAACAUUACGCAGAAUAGCAAAGAGUAUGCGUCUAUUCUCAGAACAUUUUUGAACAACGGCACUAUCAUAAGGAGAAAGCUUACAGGCCUUUCUUUGGAAAUCUUCGAAGGCCAAAAGAAAGUCUGA